UGUUCUGUCGGGUAAACGCAGCGCUGCAUCAAAGAUGGCUUUUAUCAUCCAAGACCUAGUUCAUGUGGCAGUAAUAUUGUGAAAGAUUAAUAUAUAUUGCACGAAGAGACAGCGGAGAGCCGGUGGUGGUGCGAGCAGUGUUCGCACUCUCGUCGCACUACGCACCGUUUGCUCUCUCCAUAUGCUAACUUACCUCCACUGUGCUAGCUAGCUCACAUUGUAAAUAUUAGCUAGCCGAGCUAGCUUGCCUACUCUUGAUUGAUAAAAUGGCUACCAUGGAAAAACUGAUGAAGGCCUUUGAGUCUCUUAAGUCAUUCCAGCAACAACAGGGACCACCGACCGCCGAAGAGCUUGUUCAGCGCCAAAAGAAGGAACAGGCUACCACAAAGAAGGACAGGGUGACCCACUGCCUGACAAUAUGUGAAAACAUUGUGGCUCAUUCUUUGAGAACAUCUCCAGAGUUUCAGAAACUGCUGGGCAUCGCCAUGGAGAUGUUCCUGCUCUGCAGCGAUGACAGUGAAUCAGACGUGCGGAUGGUUGCUGAUGAGUGCCUAAACAAAAUCAUCAAAGCGCUGAUGGAUUCCAACCUGCCUAGACUGCAGCUGGAGCUUUAUAAAGAAAUUAAAAAGAAUGGUGCCUCUCGGAGCUUGAGGGCAGCUUUGUGGCGGUUUGCUGAGCUAGCUCACCUCAUCAGGCCACAGAAAUGCAGACCAUAUCUGGUCAACCUGCUGCCAUGCCUCACCAGAAUCACCAAGCGGCAAGAGGAAACAGUUCAAGAGACGCUGGCUGCAGCAAUGCCCAAGAUUAUGGUGGCCUUGGGUCAUUUCGCUAAUGAUAGUGAAAUCAAGGUGGUGCUGAAGUCAUUUGUGGCCAACUUGAAGUCCAGCUCCCCCACCAUCAGGCGGACAGCAGCCAGCUCAGCAGUCACUGUAUGCCAACACUCUAGACGCACCAGCUACUUCUACACCUGGCUACUUAAUGUGCUGCUUGGACUGUUGGUUCCAGUUGAUGAAGAGCACCCCAGCCACCUUAUUCUGGGGGUGCUAUUAACCCUUCGCUACCUGAUGCCUCUGCUGCAGCAGCAAGUCAAUACAACCAGCCUGAAAGGAAGCUUUGGAGUCAUGAGGAAAGAGGCUGAUGUACAGCCAACACCUGAACAGCUGCUACAGGUAUACGAGCUGACACUACACUACACACAGCACUGGGAUCACAAUGUGGUCACAGCUGCUCUGGAGCUCCUACAGCAGGUUUUCAGGACUCCGCCUCCAGAGCUUCUGCACAUGCUCAUCACUGCAGGCAGCAUUUCACACGCAACCGUGUUUCGCCAGGACGCUGAGAGCCGUGCGCGAUCUGGCAGCAUCCUUGAACUCAUUGCAGGGGGAGGGUCUUCCUGCAGUCCACUCCUUCUCAGGAAACAGAGAGGGAAAAUGCUCUCUGGAGAGGAGGAUGGGUUGGAAGAUGAAGCUGAGAGGACUGAGGUCACUACCGGUGCCUUUACAGCAUCAGUUGUUGGUGCAGACGGCUCCUCUUCAGGCCAAGUAGACAUCAUCACUGAGCAGCCACGUUCCUCCCAGCACACCUUGCAGCCUGGUGACUCUGUGGACCUCAGUGCCUCUUCAGAGCAGGGCAGCGGUGGAGGGACAUGUGCCUCAGACACUCCUGAAUCACCCAAUGAAAAUGAAGAGGAAAUGCUGAGUCAGAGCUCCAGCGGUGGAGCCAACAUUACUCCAGAAACGGCAGACUACACCACACCAGAGAAUGCAACACCAGAGGGUGGGGGGCCCCUUGGGGAAGGAGCAGGGACACUGCUAGGAACUAAUGAUCGCUCCCUUCCACCCAGUGACUCGUCCCAGACCACCACAGAGGGACCAGACUCAGCCGUCACCCCUUCAGAUGUAGCAGAGCUGUCACGCACUCCAUUUCCUCGGGCGACUGAGCCGUCCCCACCCUCGCCAACUUCCACCGAGGGUCCUGAUGCCACAGACAGCGACUCUUCUGUCUACACCACUUCCUCUUCGUCAUCUUCUUUCUCUUUUUCCUCCUCCUCUUCUUCCUUCUAUGCCACUUCCUCCUCUAACACUAGUGACAAGGUGCUGGAUGGCAGUGAGAGCCAGUACUCUGGGAUGCAGAUUGGAACUCUACAGGAUGAGGAAGAUGAAGGAGCAGCACCUGCCUCCCACGAAGACCACCCAGAACCAUUUCUGCAGUCUGCCCUGGCUCUAAGCAAACCUCACCUUUUUGAAGGCCGAGGGCACAACCGGCAAGGUUCAGACAGCAGUGUGGACCGUUUCAUACCAAAGGAAGAACCUACUGAACCUGAGCCUGACAACAAGCCAUCACGUAUAAAGGGUCCAAUAGGACACUAUACAGACCAGGGGGUUGAGCCUUUAGUGCACUGUGUACGCCUACUUGCUGCUUCCUUCCUGCUCAGUGGACAAAAGAAUGGUCUUAUCCCUGAUAAGGAGGUUCGAGUGAGUGUAAAGGCCCUGGCAGUCAGCUGUGUUGGGGCAGCAGCAGCCCUGCAUCCUGAAGCCUUCUUUAAUCCCCUCUACCUGGAGCCGCUGGACGGCAUCCCAGUAGGAGAGCAGCAGUAUAUCAGUGAUGUGCUUGGCCUCAUUGAUCAUGGGGACCCCCAGAUCCGUGGGGCCACAGCUAUCCUUUGUGGAGCCAUCAUACAUGCUGCACUCACCAAAACCCGUUACAACAUACACAGCUGGCUGGCCACUGUGCAGAGUGCAACAGGUAACCCUCUGUCCUUGAUGGACUUGGUGCCUUUGCUCCAGAAGAGUCUGAAGGAUGAAUCCUCUGUCACCUGUAAAAUGGCUUGCUCUGCAGUAAGGCACUGCAUCAUGACUGUGUGCAGCAGCACUCUGAGUGAACUUGGACUGCAGUUGGUGAUAGACCUGCUAGCGCUCAGGGACUCUUCCUAUUGGCUUGUUCGCACUGAGCUAUUAGAGACCAUGGCUGAGAUGGACUUCCGGUUAAUUCAUUUCCUGGAGAGGAAAACUGAAGCUUUACACAAAGGAAGUCAUCACUACACUGGGCAAUUACAGCUGCAAGAGAGGGUCCUACAUAAUGUGGUCAUCUGCCUUUUGGGAGAUGAUGACCCACGAGUCCGACAUGUGGCAGCGUCUGCUAUCAGCAGGCUGGUUCCCAAGUUGUUCUAUGACUGUGAUCAGGGUCAGGUUGACCCAGUGGUCGCUGUUGCUCGGGACCAGAGUUCAGUGUACCUGCAGCUGCUAAUGCAUGAGACACAGCCUCCCUCUCAGUUCACUGUCAGCACAAUCACAAGGACAUACAGAGGCUACAACUUGUCCAGUGUUGUUUCUGAUGUCACACUGGAGAACAACUUGUCCAGAGUCAUAACUGCCGUCUCGCAUGCUUUUACCUCCUCUACCUCCAGAGCCUUAACGUUUGGCUGCUGUGAAGCAUUGUGCCUCCUGGCUUUCAACUUUCCUGUGUGCACUUGGAGCACAGGUUGGCACUGUGGCUACGUUAGCUCUGGUAGUAGUUUUGCUUCUCGGUCGAGCCUCAACCGCACCAGGGGCAGGGCCCUCAGCCUGUCACAACCUAGCAAUACUCCUGCCUCUUCAUCCAACACCACAUCUGCACCAGACUCUGAACGCAGAACUCUGACUGUGGGAAUGGCCAACAUGGUUCUCUCCUUACUUUCCUCUGCCUGGUUCCCACUGGAUCUCUCUUCACACCAGGAUGCACUGUUGCUCAGUGGUAACUUGCUUGCUGCUGUAGCUCCUAAAUGUAUGCGCAACCCAUGGGCUGGAGAGGAGGAGAGCAGUAGUGGGAGUACAAAUGCCAGUGCAGGGCCAAGCAAGUUGGAGGAACCCUGGGCAGCGUUGUCAGAGCGAUCCCUUGUGGCUAUGGUGGAACAGCUGUUUUCUCAUCUGUUGAAAAUACUCAACAUAUGUGCACAUGUGUUAGAUGACACUCCACCUGGACCAGCAGUAAAGGCGACCCUCCCUUCACUGUCCAACACACCCUCCCUCAGUCCCAUCCGCCGGAAAGGGAAGGAGAAGGAGGCUUCAGAGCCUAGUGCUGUACCGAUGAGUCCCAAGAAAAGUAAUGAGAUCAACACAGGCAGACCUGCAGACAGCUCAGGAUCAACAGCCGUCAACAAAUCCACAACACUUGGUAGCUUCUACCACCUGCCACCCUACCUCAAGCUCUAUGAUGUCCUAAAAGCCACACAUGCAAACUACAAGGUGACUUUGGACCUUCACAGUAGCCAGGAGAAGUUUGGCUGUUUUCUUCGUGCCACUCUAGAUGUUCUGUCACAGCUGCUGGAGCUGGCUACAUUGCAUGACAUUGGCAAGUGUGUAGAGGAAAUUUUGGGCUAUCUGAAGUCCUGCUUCUCCAGAGAACCAACCAUGGCUACUGUAUGUGUACAGCAGCUCUUGAAGACCCUAUUUGGGACCAACUUGGCCUCCCAGUAUGAGGGUGUCCUGAGUGGACCCAGCCGUUCCCAAGGCAAGGCACUCAGACUGGGUUCCUCCAGCCUUCGCCCGGGCCUUUACCAUUACUGCUUUAUGGCGCCAUACACGCACUUCACACAAGCUCUGGCUGAUGCAAGUCUCCGUAACAUGGUGCAAGCUGAGCAAGAGCAGGACACAUCUGGGUGGUUUGAUGUGAUGCAAAAGGCUUCAAACCAGCUGAGGUCCAACAUUGCAAAUGCAACGCGCCACAGAGGAGACAAGAAUGCCAUCCACAACCACAUUCGGCUGUUUGAGCCACUGGUGAUAAAAGCUUUGAAGCAGUACACCACGAGCACCUCUGUAGGCCUGCAGAGACAAGUUCUUGACCUGCUAGCCCAGCUUGUGCAGCUUAGAGUUAACUACUGCCUGUUGGAUUCAGAUCAGGUGUUCAUUGGCUUUGUUCUGAAGCAGUUUGAGUACAUUGAAGUAGGACAGUUCAGGGAUUCAGAGGCCAUCAUUCCCAACAUCUUUUUCUUCCUUGUGCUGCUUUCUUAUGAGCGGUACCACUCCAAACAAAUAAUCAGCAUCCCCAAGAUCAUCCAGUUGUGUGAUGGCAUCAUGGCUAGUGGUAGAAAAGCUGUGACCCAUGCCAUCCCUGCUUUACAACCAAUAGUCCAUGACCUUUUUGUGUUGAGGGGCUCCAACAAAGCAGAUGCAGGCAAAGAGCUGGACACACAAAAAGAAGUGGUGGUGUCCAUGCUGUUGAGGCUCAUACAGUAUCACCAGGUGUUGGAGAUGUUUAUACUUGUGCUACAGCAGUGUCACAAGGAGAAUGAGGACAAGUGGAAGAGAUUGUCCAGACAGAUUGCUGAUGUCAUUCUUCCUAUGAUUGCAAAGCAGCAGAUGCAUUUGGACUCUCCUGAGGCAUUGGGGGUAUUGAAUACUCUCUUUGAGACGGUAGCACCCUCCUCUCUGAGGCCUGUAGACAUGCUGCUCAAGAGUAUGUUCACCACUCCUGCCACCAUGGCAUCAGUAGCUACUGUCCAGCUGUGGGUGUCUGGUAUCCUGGCGAUCCUCAGGGUACUUGUGUCUCAGUCCACUGAAGACAUCGUCCUAUCACGGAUCCAUGAGCUCUCACUUUCCCCACAUCUCUUAUCUUGCCAAACUAUCAGUCGGCUGCAUCAACAGAGCUCUUCUCCUAAUGACACACUUGCCGAGACACUUGGUAGUCAGGAGUCUAAUGGUGAGGCCCAGAAAGCCCCACCUGAGGAAACCUUCGCCAGGUUCUUGCUUCAGCUAGUAGGAGUGUUGCUGGAUGACAUUUCCUCGAGGCAGGUUAAAGUGGACAUCACAGAGCAGCAACACACUUUCUACUGCCAACAGCUGGGGACACUGCUCAUGUGUCUCAUACAUGUCUUCAAAAGUGGAAUGUUCCGCAGGAUCACAGCUGCAGCCAGCCGCCUCCUAAAGGGGGAGGGUGGACAGACUGGCCCUGAAGCCAGCCAGUUUUACCCUCUGGAGGGUCUGAACAGUAUGGUGCAGUGCCUGACCACUACUCACCCCUCUUUAGUACUGCUUUGGUGCCAGGUCUUGCUCAUCAUCAACUACACCAACUACUCCUGGUGGGCUGAGGUGCACCAGACACCCAGACGACACAGCCUCUCCUGCACAAAGCUGCUGAGUCCUCACUCCUCAGGGGAAGGUGAAGAGGACAAGCCGGAGUCUCGAUUAGCUAUGGUCAACAGAGAGAUUGUACGCAGGGGAGCACUAAUCCUCUUCUGUGACUAUGUGUGUCAGAAUCUCCACGACUCGGAGCAUUUAACGUGGCUGAUUGUCAAUCAUGUACGGGACCUCAUCAGCCUUUCCCAUGAGCCUCCAGUACAGGAUUUUAUCAGUGCUGUGCACCGCAACUCAGCUGCCAGUGGCCUUUUUAUCCAGGCCAUCCAGUCCCGAUGUGACAACCUCACCACUCCUACCAUGUUGAAGAAGACUCUGCAGUGUUUGGAAGGCAUCCACUUGAGUCAGUCUGGCUCCCUGUUGAUGCUGUAUGUGGACAAGCUGCUCAGUACCCCAUUCCGGGUUCUGGCUCGCAUGGUGGACACACUAGCUUGCCGCAGGGUAGAGAUGCUGCUUGCUGAAACACUACAGAAUAGUAUAGCCCAGCUGCCUGUGGAGGAACUAGACAGGAUUCAGGAAUACCUCCAGAGAAGUGGCCUGGCUCAGAGGCAUCAGCGGUUCUACUCCCUGCUGGACAGGUUCCGAGCCACUGUUGCUGGCACGAGCAGCCCCACUCCACCUGUGACAUCCCAUCCUUUGGAUGGAGACCCAUCCCCUGCCCCUGAGCUGGUCAUUCCAGAUAAGGAGUGGUAUGUUGCUCUGGUGAAGUCCCAGUGCUGUCUUCGUGGAGAUGUUUCUCUCUUGGAGACAACAGAACUUCUUACCAAACUACCUCCAGCUGAUCUUUUCAGCAUCAUGAGCUGCAAGGAGUUCAACCUCAGCUUGUUGUGUCCAUGUCUGAGUAUGGGAGUGCAGCGCUUAGCACGGGGUCAGGGCUCUCUUUUGUUGGAGACAGCCUUGCAGGUGACCAUAGAGCAACUUGCAGGGGUCACCCAGUCUCUUCCUGCGCCACACCAGUCCUUCCUGCCACCUUCCCAGCCACAGCCCUACUGGGAAAAACUAGCCGAUGUUUAUGAUGAGCCAAGUUUCUUCCCUGGAGUUCUGUCACUUUGCAGAGCUUUGUCACAGUAUCUGCUGAGUGUGAAUCAGCUGCCUGCCUCACUACAUAUCCCCUCUGAAAAGGAGCACCUCAUCACUGCUUUCACCUGCACUGCCACUGAGGUGAUUGUUUGGCGUCUGCUCCAGGACCAGUUGCCUCUGAGUGUGGACCUUCAGUGGGCUCUGUCCUGCCUGUGUCUAGCCCUGCAGCAGCCCUGCGUCUGGAACAAGCUGUCUACUGCCCAGUAUGCCACACACACUUGCUCCCUCAUCUAUUGCCUCCGCCUCAUCAUUGUUGCAGUGGCCGUGAGACCUGGUGACCAGCUUCUUUAUCCAGAGAAGAAGCGGACAAGGGCAGAUAGAGAGAGUGAUGGAGAUGAAGUGGAUUCACCACAUGCUGACCACAUGUGCGAAUGGCAAGCUUGUGAGAUUAUGGCGGAGCUGGUGGAAGGUCUGCAGAACAUCCUUGCCCUGGGUCACCAUAGAAACAGUGCAAUCCCUGCUUUUCUUACACCAACUCUGCGUAACAUUGUCAUCAGCCUGUCCCGACUGCCUCUCGUCAACAGCUACACCCGAGUACCUCCACUGGUUUGGAAACUGGGCUGGUCCCCACAGCCAGGAGGCGAGUUUGGCACGACACUACCAGAGAUUCCAGUGGACUUCUUGCAGGAAAAGGAUGUCUUCCGAGAGUUUCUCUACCGUAUCAACACAUUGGGCUGGAGCAGCAGGACUCAGUUUGAAGAGACCUGGGCCACUCUACUUGGGGUGCUGGUCACCCAACCCAUAACUAUGGAUCAGGAGGAAGAGACACAGCAAGAGGAGGACCUGGAGCGUACCCAGUUGAACGUAUUAGCAGUACAGGCCAUCACCAGCCUGGUGCUGAGUGCCAUGACCCUGCCCACUGCUGGAAACCCUGCAGUCAGCUGUCUGGAACAGCAACCUCGCAACAAGAGCCUCAAGGCACUAGAAACCAGGUUUGGAAGAAAACUUGCAGUGAUCAGGGGUGAGGUGGAGAGAGAGAUUCAGGCUCUUGUGUCGAAGAGAGACAAUGUUCACACACACCACCCCUACCACGCUUGGGACCCUGUGCCCUCGCUCUCAGCAGCCUCUGCUGCAGGCACACUGAUCAGCCAUGAGAAACUGCUACUUCAGAUCAACACAGAGAGGGAGAUGGGCAAUAUGGACUACAAACUAGGACAGGUCUCAAUCCAUUCAGUGUGGCUAGGUAACAACAUCACUCCUUUGAGAGAGGAAGAAUGGGGUGAAGAUGAAGAAGAUGAAGCAGACACACCCGCACCUACAUCCCCACCUUUAUCUCCUAUCAACUCAAGGAAGCAUCGUGCAGGUGUGGACAUUCAUUCAUGUUCCCAGUUUCUUCUGGAGCUCUACAGCCAGUGGCUGAUCCCUGGUUCCCCAAGCAACAGGAGGACUCCAACCAUACUGAUCAGUGAAGUGGUUCGAUCGCUGCUGGCAGUGUCAGACCUCUUCACAGAGAGAAAUCAGUUUGACAUGAUGUUCUCCACCCUGAUGGAACUGCAGAAGCUCCACCCACCAGAAGAUGAGAUUCUCAACCAGUACCUGGUUCCUGCAAUCUGCAAGGCUGCAGCUGUGUUGGGCAUGGAUAAGGCGAUAGCUGAGCCUGUGUGUCGCCUGCUGGAGACGACCCUACGCAGCACCCACCUGCCCAGCCGAAUGGGAGCUCUGCAUGGAGUUUUGUACGUGUUAGAAUGUGACCUGCUGGAUGAUACAGCCAAACAGCUCAUCCCCACAGUCUCAGAGUACCUGCUGUCCAACCUCAGGGCUAUUGCUCACUGUGUGAACCUGCACAACCAGCAGCAUGUGUUGGUGAUGUGUGCAGUAGCCUUCUACAUGAUGGAGAACUACCCCCUGGAUGUAGGAGCUGAGUUUAUGGCUGGAGUUAUACAGCUGUGUGGUGUGAUGGUCUCAGCCAGUGAGGAUUGCACUCCCUCUGUGAUCUAUCAUUGUGUUCUGCGUGGCCUGGAGCGCCUGCUGCUGUCAGAGCAGUUGUCUCGCGUAGAUGGCGAAGCUUUGGUCAAGCUCAGCGUGGAUCGAGUGAACAUGCCCUCCCCACACAGAGCAAUGGCCGCCCUGGGACUCAUGCUCACCUGCAUGUACACUGCGGUGCUUGCGUCGGGUUCAGAAGUGACAGGGGUUAGAGGUCAGGUUGACUCUGGCUCUGCCGUAGCGGAGGCGGUGGGCGUCACGGCGGGUCAUGUUGGUUUCUCCUCAGGCAAGGAGAAAGCCAGUCCUGCCAGUCGCCCCGCCCACUCUGACCCUCAGGCCCCGGACAGCGAGUCGAUCAUUGUUGCCAUGGAGAGGGUCUCUGUGCUCUUUGACAGAAUCCGGAAGGGUUUACCCAGUGAGGCGCGGGUGGUGUCCAGGAUUCUGCCCCAGUUUCUGGAUGACUUCUUCCCACCGCAGGAUGUCAUGAACAAGGUCAUCGGAGAGUUCCUGUCCAAUCAGCAGCCCUACCCACAAUUCAUGGCCACUGUCGUCUACAAGGUUUUUCAGACACUCCAUGCAACAGGGCAGUCGUCCAUGGUGCGGGACUGGGUCCUGCUGUCCUUGUCCAACUUCACCCAGAGGACACCAGUGGCCAUGGCCAUGUGGAGCCUUUCCUGUUUCUUCGUCUCUGCAUCCACCUCUCAGUGGAUCUCAGCUCUACUGCCCCAUGUAAUCAGUCGAAUGGGCUCCAGUGAGGUGGUAGAUGUCAACCUGUUCUGCCUGGUGGCUAUGGACUUCUACCGACACCAGAUUGACGAGGAGCUGGACCGCAGGGCUUUCCAGUCAGUCUUCGAGACCGUGGCUUCUCCGGGCAGCCCCUAUUACCAGCUGCUGGGCUGUCUGCAGUCAAUCCACCAAGACACAUCACUCUGAGGACAAGGGAGGGACACAGAGGCCCAGAGGGAGGCUGAGAGGGGAGGGGGUGAAAAAUGGCUAAAUAAAAAGUGGAUUAGAGUGUGAAAUGUGGCAGGGUGGGAAAUGAGACUUCCACAUUCACUUGACUCUUAAACUGAGAUGGAGGGAAGAACAGAAUGUGUAUUUAAUCUACUGUAGCCUUGUCUCUUUCACUCCUUUUCACUGAUCUGAAAUGAGUAAAACUACUGAAGUGUCAAAUGAGUUGGUGUAAUAGACUUUAAAACAGAGGGAGAUUUCAGUCAGAUGGUUUCAGGGUCAAUGUUAAAUGUAAAAGGACUAUCCCUGCAUAGAAAGACACUGACCCCCCCCCCCCCCCCCCCCCCCCCUCCCCCCCCUCCACAGACCAUUCCACGAGACGAGCAACAGCACCUUGAACACUUCUCCUACCCAGCACCUUGAUGAAACACAUAAAGAACCUUAAUCAAACACAAAAUUGGAUUUGUUUAUUUUCCUGUGCGGACUUGCUUGAGUAUUGUGAUGUCAGUAAAGUAAAAUAGAAAAAAAUAGCAAAUGCAAAAGUAUUAACUAUAUUUAAAGUUUCAAUGCAUCUAUUUUUCAGUGCGUUUUUGUUGAGUGAUUUAAAGUGGUUAGGAAUCUGACACAGAAGAUAUAGAGUCAGAAACGCCUGCAUAAUGUUGGCAGUAAUUAAUCUUUGAAGACCUUUUUUAUAUUUAUGUUACUUGUGGCCAUUCUCUGACACACAAGAAGGAUAGUUAAAUAUUAUAUGUGCAAGAAUGAUCACUAAUAGCCAUAGUCUUUUUUUUUUUUUUUUUUUCCCCCCAUGAAAAGCAGUGGGACAUAGAUUGAGGUGACUUGUUGGAACCCAUUGCAAUCCCUGUUUUGGAUGUAGACCGGCAUGUUGGGAGAAAAAACCUCCCAAACAUCUCCUGUUUCUAAAAUUCUGCUCAUUUAACAGUUUUGGACCCCCUAUAACAACACUGAAAUAGAAAAACACCCAAACUGCAGUGAUGUUUUUAAAUCAGUAGCAGGGAAAGCUGUGUUUCCUCUUGAUUCUAUUUUGUUUUCAUCUUUUUUUUUUUUUUUUUUUUUUUUUUCAUUUUCAGAUCUUCUCUGCUCUCAUCAAACCUCAGUGAUUCCUGUAUUUACUGUUGGGUUUUUUUUUUAUUCUCAGGAUGUAAAAUGUGGAUUGUCUGAGGUAAUUUAGUCAUCUCUAAAUUGAGUAUAGUGUAAUAUAAUUGUAAAGAAAAAUAUGAAAGCCAUGGUGCAUGAUGAUGAUGAUGAUGUAAAGAUGGUGUAAAGAUGAGAAAUCUUCAAUAGAUGGUAAAAUAAUGCAUUUUUUUCUUUUUUGUAACAAAUUGAAACAUCAGCAAAUCAGAAGACCACAGAAUACAGAGAGCAACAAUGUUAGUGUUUUGUUGAAGACUUCAGCGGUCUGGGACUGAGCCGGGCCUGGUCACUCUGUACAUACACUUGCCUUAGAUAAAGACUGAAUAUAUGUAUGUCCUGUACACUGAAAGCUUGAAAGCAUGCUUAGCAUUAUUGCUAUUCUUUUUGCAUAGUCCUUAAUACUGUAUUUCCAUGGGUACGGUUGCCAUGACUGUGAUGCAACACAAUCCAAGGGAGCCUUGUAACCUUAGCGACCAACAGCAGCUUUGACAAAUCAACAGAUGAGGAAGUGUAGUGUAGGGAUGCCACGUCACAGCAGGAGUCUUCUGUUCAUGUUGAGCUUUAAAUAUUUUGACUUGGUUAAAUAUUAGUGAAUACUCCAUUGUUCAUUGUCUGUGUGCAGAAUAUUAAACACACCUAGCACUUGAAGUUCUUCUCAUGUUGGUGUUAGAUGCUUUCUUAAUAUGCAAUGUCUGGCAUAAAAACACGACGGGCUAUUUGUAUGCUAAAAUGUUACCAACCUUAAAGACAAAAGGUUUCGAUUGUGUUAAAAUAAUGAAUCCACACAACACAUUGGCAGCUGCUUGGCAGGCUGCAGCGGUUAUUAAUAUUCCACAGAGUCAACUCUGAAGCAGAUUAAAUGAGCCUCAACGAGUCCUGUAUUUCUCAGUUGGAGGAUCUACAGCCUCUGAAGAGAAAUGAAUGACAGAACAUUUACUUUUGGUUCCAAAACAUGAUAAAGCAAAUGCUUUUUAUACUAUAUAUUGUUUUCAGACAGGCGCAGAAAGACUGGGGACCCCUGUGGGGGAGUAAUAAGAUUACUACAAUCUUUUGUGGUUUUGGAAGGUAGCUUAGAGGUCAUGGACAAUGGUUUCAGGUUUGAUUUAUCAUGCUUUAAGGAUUUCUUUUACCUCCAUUGAAUGGAGUUGAGAUGCAGUAGUAUGCUGUUUAGUUACAGUUUUUGGUCUAUUGAAAAGAUUUGAAAAAUUAUUUUCCUUCCAGGUUCUUUACAUGUCCCCUAAUACCAGCUGUCUUUGCAAUUAGCAUGAAAAAUGCUUAAAAAAGAUCCUGUUUUUGCCCUUUAUAGGAAAAUCAGCAGUUUGGUGUCUAUGUGCCGCAAUUUUGAGCUAUCCAGUGAUCCUGUUUGUCUGGAGGCUGUAAAAGAAGCACAGCAAGAGAGUAAUUUGGUCGUCUAAAUUCUCUUUUUUCAUCUCUGUCCCCAAUAGUACCCUGAAGCCUCCUUGACAUCUUUUUGUUACAGUUGCGUGUAAAAGAAUAUGAAUGAAAGAGUGUAUUUCAUUUAAAUGUAAGAUUUUGCAGAGAUAAAUCACUGCAUAUGGUCUGUUGUAGAGAUGAAUAAAUUAUUUAAAGAUGUUA